AUUAAAUGGAAAAAUAAUUAUGCCUCCAACAUAUGUAAAUUAUCUAGUCAGUCUGUCUCGAAAGAGAAUGCUACAAACAAUAUUACUGUUGUUGCGAAUGUCUCUUGGAAACUCAUUAAAAUCAUCAACUCAUGAAUGCAAACGACUUUCAAGACCUUGAAAAAUCAAUUAAAGAUUCCUCAUAGUAACUAUUAUAAGAUAUUGAAUUCACUCAAUAAAUUGUUUUUGAAUAAUUUAAUACCUACAGAACCUUAGUCGAUAAUUAUAUCUCCAAACAAAAUCAAAUUAAUAAAAAGGAAUUCGCAAUUAUCCAAUAAUCUAUUAGUCAAAGACUUCUAAAGAUAAGACACCUUAUUCUAAAAAAAGUGAUCAAUGAAUUUCAAAUAAAAUUGCUUUGGACUGAAGAUGAAAUUUAAGAAAUCUCAUAGUAUUUGCAAGGUAUUUGAAUAUCUAAAUAAAUAAAUAGACUUCGAUAAUAAGGAUUUCAUUCAAAAGUUAGCAGAUUGGUAAGAGAAAUUAAGAGAAGAACAUAAUUCUAUUCUCAGCAAUAUUCAAAUUGACAUCGAAACAGAAUAAUGUGAAAUAACAACACUUGAAUAAUAGGAUUAAUCUAUUUAUUAUGGGUAAAAUGUCAAUGGAACCUUACAUGGAAGAGGAAUCAUAAUUGGCUAAACAUUUAUAUAGGAUGGACUAUUUAAGAAUGGAUAAUUUGUUUAUGGAUUAUGGUUGGUUGAGAAUUAAGCAAGAGAAAUCAUAUCUAAAGAAGGAGUGGUUGAUGAAUAGGUUCAGAGAUAAAUGAAAUCAAUUAUCGUUUAAACAAACUACUUAAAGACAAUUAAGGAUUAUGAUGAAUUGAAAACAUCCAACAUCAAAAGAUUCUAAUGGGAUGAGUAAGAAUAAGAGAAAAUAUCCCAGAUUCUAUAAAAUGUGAUGAAUCCCAAAGUGGUGAAUCAACAUAGACAAUUAUUACUCUACUUUGAAAUCCCAGAAGAAUAUCAUUAUUUACAAUUCAUCAAAUAUUAAGAAACAAAACAAAUCAACAAAGAUUAGUUAUACUUUGGUAGUCUUAUGGAAGAUAAAUAAACAUUGCAUGGGAGAGGUAUAAUUGAUACAUGAAUCAUAGGCAUACUUUUUGAAGGGAACUAUUGUAUAAAAGAUGGAAUAUGGGAGGAGGGUGAAUUUAUUUGGGGAAUAUGGAUUUCAAUGUUGAAUAACCAAUUAUUCCAAUACUAUGGUACUAUAACGGAAGAGUAAAUAAAGCAAUAUGAAGAAUUUAAACUUUUAUAGAAAGAAUAGGAGAAACAAGAGCAAGAUGAGAUGUAAGCAAUUUAUUAAUUUAGAUAAAAAUUAAAUCAUCAAAAGAAAUUACGAUUUUUCAAGCGUAUAUACUAAUUUAUGGAUACUUUAAUAUCAGGUAGAACUGUAUUUUAGUUUAGGUUAUGUACAUAAUGUAAAAUUAAAAGAAGUGUAUAACAAGAACAAGUUAGAUAAGGAAAUUGAUGUCAAUGAAAAAUACUUGCAAUUUGAAAAUGAACCAGAUAUUAUUAGAAAUAAUCGCCAAUUAUAUAUAGGUUUCUAGAAUGCAGAUGGUAGUCCUAAUAGCAUAGGAUUUUAUUGUGAUUAGAAUCUGAUUGCUGGAGGGUACUGGGAGAAUGGAAUAUUGUUAUGGGGAACUUAUCACAAAUACAUAAGUGAAACAGAUCAAAUAAAUGUAUAGUAGAACAUACCAAAGGAUAUCUAAGAAAAAAUAUAAAUAAUCAAAUGAAC